CACACGGAAACCUGUUUCCAUUCUACUUUCAAUUAGAAUUCGUCAAAGGUUAGUGCAACUUCCAGCAGCAACCAUGGCCGACUCUGUUCCCCCUGCCGGUGGCUUUGUAGUUGUCACUCAUGUGUACCCACAACAAGGUGCCCAAAGUGUCUCUUCACCCCAGAGCGGAGUUGUUCCACUAGCCUCCUCUCCACCAGCCUCCUCUAUGCUUCAGAAAUUCCUUAAAGGAGAACCAGCAGCUCUGGGGACAGUUCAAAUUAUGAUUGGUGUGGUUGUGUUCCUCUUCGGUAUCGUGACUGCAUUUUAUGCAUCAACAAUGUCCACUUUCACUGGCAUCAUGUUCUGGGGAGCCAUCAUCUACAUCACUGCUGGUUCUCUCACUGUUAGAGCCAAUAAGAAGCUCAGUCAGUGUUUGGUCAAAGCAUCACUGGGGAUGAAUAUCUUCAGCACAAUAACUGCAGGGAUUGCCAUAAUUUUCCAUAGCUUGGAUUUAACCGUCUCAAUGUACCCUUACAUGUAUAACGACUGUUAUGGUGAAAGCUAUUACUGCCGAAGAAACAAUGCAUUAUUAUGGAGCAGGACACAGGGGAUUGCUGGAGUGAUGCUGGUGUUGUCUUUACUGGAGUUCAUUGUCUCCAUAUGUGUAUCUGCGUUUGCAUGCAAAGCCACCUGCUCCUCUAACACUGAGCAGGUAGUAUACGUUUCAAGCCAGGUGCCCCCCUCUUUCCCCACCUCCCACCCCUCUGCACCUCUACAGAGUACACAGAUGCCUUUCUUUCCAACCAGUGUGGUUCCUCCUCUUCAUAACUGCAGUGCUGAUGGUUGCAGAAGUGGCAAAUCUGAAGAUCUGCCCCCAGAAUACACCACUACCCAAGAAUGAGUCAUGUGACUACAUCUAGAUUUACAGGGAAGGCUUUAUGUCUCAAGUAAAUGGUAACCUUGUGACUCUCUUAUGAAUAAUUUGUGAAGAGUAAGUGUGUGCAUGUAUGUAAGUAUCUAUUUAAUUGAAACUCUAGCUAACUAGCAAGCUCCAAGUGACUUGCUUUGCAUUCUAGGGUCUCAAUCAAUCAAUGCAAUUAUUGGAAAGCAUCCUAUUAGCAAUGAGAAUACAACCUAUGAAGUCACCUUUACAUAUAGGAAUGAUAUGAGCACUUAGAGGGAAGGAAUGAUAGGAAUGAUAUGGGAAUGAUAUGGGAAUGAUAUAGGAAUGAUAUGAACACAUAGAGGAAAGUAUAAGAUGAAUGAAAGUUGUUGUUUAUUUCUUUAAUCUUUAUGCAUUAAAUAUGUGAUUGUCGACUUUGAAAAUAUUAUAUAGGCCCACAUUAUUUAGAUGAACAUGAAAAUGAUAAUGUUGCUCAAUUGUCAGCAGCAUCAUACAGUAUCAUUGCUAUUGUAUUACACAUGUGUACUUACUUUACUUAAAAUAAUUACAUUCAAUUAAAUAUUUGUUUCAAAUA